UCAGUGUUCUUCGAGAUUAAGGAGAGUAGAUAGUUGGACACUGACUGGAAAAUGGAAAAGGGGAGGAGCCAAAGAUUGAAUCAAGAGCAUGUGUGGGGGAUAUAAAAGCAAAUGUAGUGCAUGCUGGUUUGAUGUUCUAUCUAGACUUUACAGAAUUACAGUUGUUAUUGAGUAGAUGUGAAUAAUAAUAAGCUCUCUUUAACUACUUUAGCAGAUUAGCAGACCAACAAAUAAGAAAAAUGAUUACAUGGUUCAUCUGCUGAAUCCCUUAUCUCACUUUGUAGAUAUGGCUGAUAGAGCUUUAAAGGUUGGAAUUGUGGGAUAUGGACAUUUAGGCCAGUUUCUUGUAGAGAAGAUCCAAAAGGAAGGGCCUGAGGCGGGGCUGCAGUUAGCAUUUGUUUGGAACCGAAAUGCAGACAAACUUAGAGAUUCACUGCCCAAAGAGCUGAUUCUACAUGACCUCUCAGAUUUCACACACAGAGACACUGAUGUAAUAGUGGAGGUGUGCCAUCCAAAGAUAGUUAAAGAGUUUGGGCUCAGAUUUCUGUCACAUGCUCACUUCCUGGUGGGCAGCCCUUCUGCCCUCUCUGAUCCCCAGCUUGAGCAAGAUCUUUGCACUGCUGCAAAACAACAUGGGAAAACACUUUAUGUGCCCAGUGGUGCAUUAUGGGGUGGCCAAGAUAUUCAAAAAAUGAAUGACAGUGGAACUUUACGGGCUCUCUCCAUCCGAAUGUCUAAACAUCCUUCUUGCUUUCGGCUGACUGGUGGUCUGCUCUCUGAUUGGACGGAAGGAGAGGGUAGGCGGGUCUUGUAUCACGGCUCAGUAGCAGAGCUCUGCCCCAUCGCCCCAAAUAAUGUGAACACUAUGGCAGCUGCGGCCAUAGCCGCAUCAAAGUUGGGCUUCAAUGGGGUUACUGGAGAAAUCGUCUCAGACACUGCAUUAUCAGACUACCAUAUUGUGGAGGUUGAGAUAACUGGUCCAGAUGGGUUCACAGUGAAAACAGUGAGACAAAACCCCGCCAAACUUGGAGCUGUAACAGGAAAUGCCACAUACAAUUCCUUCUGGAGCAGCUUACUGGUCUGCAAGGGUCAUGGAGGGAGGGUAUAUCUGUGUUGAUAACAGUGGAUUGCUGCAGAAAGUGUACAAAUUAACCAAAGAAAAACACAUGAUGUAGCACAUGAUGAAUUAAUAAAACAAGUGUCAUGUUAAUAAUGUUGU